AUGUGUUAUUCAGCAUUCAACAUUCAGACUACAUUCAUUGUGCAGUUGUGCUUCUGUUGUCCAAUAAGAGCAGGCUCAAACACAAAGCAAGUCUAAACUUAUCUAUUGUACAUACACACAAAGUCAGCAAACACAAAGUGAAGCCUGAUGUGUGUAUCCAGGUAACGAGGUUACAGAGAGUGUGCUGCAGGCUGAAGCUUGUAACGCAAGAACACACCCUCUGUGCACUUUUACCUGACACAUUCUUUACAGACACAGACAGCAGAGACCACAUAAAGAGACCUCAGGUAAGAAACACUAAGAAAACUAUGUUUAGUAAUGAUAAAAGAGUAGUGUUUAGACUGUAUUUGAUAGUGCAUUAUGAAUAUUGUUGUUACAGCAUGCAGAAGUCUAAAGAUUGACUCUACAGUAAGGAGGGAACUGUCUCACUGAAAAAAAAAGUGUUUUGCAGCUGUAUAAAUGUGACAUACGCCAAAAUUGAAUGCUGAAAAUACAGAGAGUUAUGAGAAUGACAUUGUUUUUUCGAUGAUUUUAUCUUUAGUAAAUCUGUGGAGAAAAUGAGACCAUGUCCUGGGCAGGGCUUUUGCAAAAAGCUUGGCAUGGACUCAGAUCAGGCAGGUUUCCACAGAUUUUUCAAAAACCUGUAGGACUGGUUUCCUCUGCAAACACAGCUAAAGCAAAUAUACUGAAAAAGCUUUGGAAAGGAGGAAAUCUGUCAGGUGGGGGUUUAAAAUCUGUUUGUUGUGUUGUUCAGUCCUCAGAAAUGGCAGAGAAAAAGGCAUCAUCUGUUGGUAAUGGACAGUCCACAGUGGCUCAGUCAGGACAGAGUAGUCUUCCAGCACCCUCUGCAGGCACCCACAGUGUACUGCAGGACGGACUGAGCUUCACUCCAUUGGACUCAAAUGAUGCCAGGGCUGUUCAGCCUUUCCCACGUUCUCCAAAACUACAGAAGAAGAUAGCCAAAGCUGGACAGCCCUCUCAGGAGCAGCUGUCCAGACGAAUGGAGGAGCUGCAGGCAGAGAGGUCCAAAACUGAGGCUCAUAUCCAGUCUCUGAAGAAACGCAGGGCAGAUCUCUCUAGGAGCACAGAGCUGAUGAAGCAACAGGUUCGAGAGCACUUCCAGAACAUGCGGUGUGUCCUGAAGCAGGACGAGCAGGCCGUCCAGGACUCUCUGGAGCUGGACUUGAGACAGACCAGGACCAAACUGGACUACGUUCUGAAGAACUGGGAACAGCACCAGGACCAGGUCACUAAGGGCAUCAAAAGCAUCCAGAGAGCACUGAGCAACAGCCCCACAGCAGAGGAAGAUGGGAAGGGUCAGUCCGAGAAUCUGAGUCCUAAGAAGCCAGAUGCCUCUGAGAUGGAAAUUCGACUGAGUGAAGAGAGAUUUGAAAGACUCCUAAAAACAUUAUCGUCCAUCUCCAAACAACUGAAAGCUCAGCUGCAGAGGAAGACUCUACUGUUAGAUUCAUCACCCAUGGUGAUUGACAGGCAGACUUGCCACAGCCUGGUCACAGUGACCUCAGAGGGGCGGUGCAUGUACUUUUCAGACUGCGCUCGUUCAGCUCCAGAGCAUCCUCUCCAGUUUGAUAAAGUGUGCUGUGCUCUGGGCUCAUCUCCGGUCACUAACGGUCAGAGUUACUGGGAAGUUGAUGUCCGCUGCUGCUCUGCCUGGGCAGUGGGCGCCACCUACGCCAGCCUGGAGAGGAAAGGCAGGGACAAGGGCACCAAACUGGGCCGGAACAGGAACUCCUGGUGCGUGGAGCUUCGCAACAACCAUCUUUCUGCUUGGCACAACGACCGGCAUGUACCAUGCCAGGGUGUUGGGCAAAUGCCUCUGGAAAAGGUUGGGGUCUGGGUAAAUUAUGACAAGGGCCAGCUGAUGUUUUAUGAUGCAGACACCAUGGUUGUCCUGCAGAGGUUUUCAGCAGCUGUGAUGCCAGUGUUUGACAGGGCUCAUCACCAGUUCACUGAGCCCCUGUACCCUGCCAUACGGUUCCUGAGACCACCAGAGAACCAGCUGUGGCCAAAUCAUGUGGAGCUCUGUCACCUCCACACUCCAUAAUACUGCAGUCUUAUUCCAGAGACAGUGAUGUGGACUCUAUCUGAAUGUGUGCUAAUGAUGAUGUGAAGAGUCUUUUUCAUCCAUGUAUAGCAUUACAUCAGAGCAGCUGUACAGUAUAAUACAUCAGCAUACAUGAUAACAAA